AUGUCCGCUUCACUGCCAGGAAACAGAGAUCUGCCCGCCUCGCGGCACGAUCUGAGCACGUAUUGGGGCAGAGUCAAACAUUCCGCCGAAAUCGCAGAUCCAAGAACUCUCUUCACAUCAAGCGCCGCUCUGGAACAUGCAAAGUCACUCAUCACGAAGUACAAGCAAGGCGAGAUCCAGUCGAUGACUCCCGAGCUAUGGAAGGCGAAGAAGAUUGUCGAUUCCACGAUACAUCCUGACACCGGCCAACCCGUCUUCCUCCCAUUCCGCAUGUCCUGCUUCGUGUUAUCAAACUUGGUCGUCACAGCCGGCAUGCUCACCCCCAAUCUCGGCACAGCGGGCACAAUAGGCUGGCAAGUAGCCAAUCAGUCCCUCAAUGUCGGCAUCAACAGCGCAAAUGCCAACAAAUCUACGCCCCUCUCCACCGGAACCAUGGUGCAGUCUUACUUCUUCGCUGUCGGCGCCAGUUGUACCGUAGCGGUGGGACUCAACUCGAUCAUUCCAAGACUCAAAGGCCUCAGCCCGGGGACGCGAACGUUGCUCACACGACUUGUGCCCUUCGCGGCAGUAGCGAGCGCGGGUGUUCUGAACGUCUUUCUCAUGCGCGGCGAGGAGAUUAGAAGAGGCAUCGAUGUCUUCCCCCGAGAAUCCGAAGCAACUCGCAUCAAGCGCGAAGAAGCCGGUCAAACGCUGCAAUCCGUCGGCAAAAGCAAGAAAGCAGCGGUGCUGGCGAUCAGUGAAACGGCCUUCUCGCGAGUCAUGAACGCCACGCCGAUCAUGGUGUUGCCGCCGCUGAUUUUGGUACGACUGCAGAGGACAGCAUGGUUGAGUCAGCGGCCGAGCAUGGUGUUGCCUGUGAAUCUGGGGUUGAUUUUGACCACGAGUCUGUUUGCUUUGCCGUUGGCGCUUGGGGCAUUUCCGCAGCGGCAGGCCGUCAAGGCUACGACGUUGGAGAAGGAGUUUUGGGAUCAGGGCGGGGAGGGCGGAGAGCUCGAGUUCAAUAGAGGGUUAUAG